GCGGUUUCUGGAGACGCGACGAGGCUGACAGAGUGGUGAGAGUCCAAAGAGUUGGCUUUUAAGGACUGAUGAUGACAACCAGAUCUAGUUUUCAAUUUUUUAGAUCUCCGAUGGUCUCAUCAUGGCAGCGGCGCGUGACCUGGGAAUGCGACUCCUCCUCUACAGAUAUCCCUUAGGCUACGACGGGGAGGUUUGUCAGAGGAGUGGGACGGUGGUUGAGGAGUGUCGCCUCUGUUCUUGCAAACGGUGAUUUUUUCUAUCCUUCGUCUGGGAAGGACCUUGAUGACUCCGUUAUCAAAGACGCCUGCAGGAGCUCUCUACUGGCGUGUGUUAGAGGGGUAUUCUGGAGACGGUGCGUGAAGCCUACUCGUUUAAUGGAAGCAGCUGGAUCGUUUAUGGUUCGAUGGUGGUUAGGCGAAAAGGCUCUCUUUCUCUGGCUCUCCGGUUCACGAUUUGUCAAACCAGUGUGGUCAAUGUUCACAGCGAUGAAGUCGAGCUAUAAGCACACAUCUUCCUUGGUUAUGACAUGAAGGAUAUGCAUUCAAAUGUGUAGGAAAGGCAAGAGAUUUGUUAACCGGUUCUCGGUCACAACAUGUGGCAAGGUCCCGAAUCUUAGGACGUGGUCAACCUGAGACAAGGGGCCUUGGUGGAAGCACAUGGUGAGCCUCAAUAUCCCAGCGUCAGAUUGGCUCGUUUGAGUUUUUUACAGUUGUAGUCUCACUCUCUUAAAGAUGAUGAGGCUAAGAUGGUUGGCACUGUUGCCGUUGUCAAAGUCCGAAUUUGCAAGACUACAACGCCUUAGUUCCAGACUAUUUGGAGUCUCCUACGGUGGAAUAUGCACCAUCCGUUGAGGUUGUGGGUGGUGACGCACUAAAUUCUGAUCUUAUGGCACCAAUGGCUCUGGUUUUACUUGUCGAGUUUUCACACUAGGCGACUUUAAUGGUUUAGGAAUAACUUUGUAGUCUUGUUUUUUAGUGGUAGAAUUAGGUGGUUUAAGGGGAGUUACAUCCCGAGUCUUGGGAUGUACUCUUUCUCGUUGUGGUGAAACAUACAUCAAUGUACUCUAGGUUAAGCUGUAUCCGAGUGAGAAAUCACCUAAUGAGUGUUCCAGGGUGUUGCUAAGAUGCAUUGUUAUAUAUGUGGUAAAAAUGAUGUGGUAGCAGAAACAUCACGUCAAUUAGGAUCUGGUGAUGUCAUCAUCAUACCUGGUGACGUUGCUGAGGUUGAGGACUGCAAGGAGUUCAUUGAUGAGGCGAUUCAUCAUUUCGGAAAACUGGACCACCUGAUCAACGAUGCUGGAGUAACUCAAUCCGUUGUUUUUGAAGAUUACAUUCAUAUUCAAGCCGCUAAUCCUAUAAUGGACAUCAACUUUUGGGGCUCGACAUACAUCACUUAUUUUGCAAUUCCACAUCUUCGAAAAAGCAAGGGAAAAGUCAUUGUGAUUACAUCUGGUGCAGAAACUAUAGCUUUGCCGGUGGCAAGCGUCUACUCAGCAAGCAAAGCAGCCUUGAUAAGAUUCUUUGAGACACUAAGAAUUGAGCUCAAUCCGGACAUUAAAAUAACAAUUGUUUUUCCGGGAGUUGUAGCAACAGAUAUGACAACUCCUCGCUGUAUAGAACAUUAUGGUUCAGAUUUUAUCUUCACGGAAACAGUGAGCAGAUGUGCAAAAGGAAUCUUCAACGGCAUUUUUAGAGGAGAGACAUACAUAGAAGAGCCAUCGUGGAUGAAAUGGAUAUAUGUGAUGAAAAACGUGUGUCCUGAAAUCGUUGAAUAUGUACUCAUUUAUAUAUAUAUCCGUUCUCUCAAACCUUUUUUCAAGCGUGAUUGA